UCACGUGACAGACUCAUUUCAAGCGUACUGCAGUGCUCCGGAACACUGUCUGUUUUAAAGCACUAGCACUAGUUUUUGGAAAACUCGAAAUGCUUUUGUUGUAGUUUUAAGUUAGUUGUGAUUUUAGCAAUAAUAAUAAAAACUGCCGUGCCCAGGAAGGGGUUCAGCCACAGGACGGUAGAUCUGUCGCAAAGUCCAGACAGUUGUGACCUUUGACCUUCUCCACAAUCUACUGAAGGAUGUCCAGAAAAGUUGUGGAAUUGUUUUAUGAUGUUGUCUCCCCCUAUUCCUGGUUGGGAUUUGAGGUGCUGUGUCGCUACAGAAAUGUGUGGAACAUCGACCUCAAAUUGAAACCUGCUUUUUUAGGGGGAGUCAUGCAUUCAUCAGGUAACCGCCCCCCUGGAAUGGUCCCCAAUAAGUUUCUGUACAUGGUGACUGAUCUACAUCGACUGGCUGAGUAUUUUGGAGUGCCUUUGUCUCAACCAUCUAACCCUGCUGAGGCCAUGUUUGAGAAAGGGUCUCUCCCUGCAAUGCGUUUUGUGACAGCUGUGGCAGAGAAACAUAAAGACGACGAUGUACUGGUGGAGAAAGUGUCUAGAGAACUGUGGAAAAGGAUCUGGAGCACUGAUCAAGACAUUACCCAGCCUGCCUCACUCACGGAGGCAGGAUUAAAGGCAGGCCUCUCAGCCAGUGAAGUGGAGGAAUUACUCCUCCUUGCCACAUCUCAGACGGUCAAAGACAAGCUGAAGAAUGUCACAAAGCAAGCACUGGAUCACAAAGGUUUUGGUUUCCCACUGACAGUGUGUCAUGUGAACGGAAAGCCGGAAGUCUUCUUUGGGUCUGACAGAUUUGAGCUUAUGGCACAUUGCAUUGGUGAGAAGUGGGUGGGGCCUCAGCCUACCAAGCUCACAGCCAAAAUGUGAUAUGUGAACACGACUCACCUACAUUUUGUGUAUAUCAAAAUUUCUGUAUAGAAUUUUAAAACUAAUUCAAAUAUGCGUGUAAUGUAUUUUUUUAGUUAAGGGCUAAUUCAAGGCAUCAUCUAUCAAAGACUAGUAAAGUUUAGCUGUCUUUUUCAUUCCAAAUAAUAAAAGCUGAAUAAAGGUGAAAAUUCUGCCUGAAA